AUGCUGCAAAUCCCCGUUCGUGAGCGCAGUGCAGAUAUGGCUUCCACAAAAGCUGUCAUUUUGGUUGGAGGACCGUCGAGGGGAACCAGAUUUAGACCCCUCUCUCUUGAUGUGCCCAAGCCUCUUUUCGAAGUUGCUGGUCACCCAAUUAUCUGGCAUGCCUUGAAGGCUGUGAACAAAAUUCCCGAUAUUCGCGAGGUCAUUUUGAUCGGAUAUUACGAUGAGACAGUCUUCCGUGACUUCAUCAAGGACUGCACUCAAGAGUUCCCGCAAGUUAAAAUUCAGUACUUGAGAGAGUACCGAGCAUUGGGCACUGCCGGUGGUCUAUAUCAUUUCCGCGAUGCGAUUCUCAAAGGCCGCCCCGAGCGCUUCUUCGUUCUAAAUGCGGACGUGUGCUGCUCGUUCCCACUGGUUGAAAUGCUUAAGUUGUUUGUGGAGAAAGACGCUGAAGCAAUCAUCUUGGGUACCCGAGUCAGCAAUGAGACAGCUACAAAUUUCGGUUGCAUCGUUUCCGACGCGCAUACAAAACGUGUACUACACUACGUUGAGAAGCCCGAGUCCCAUAUCUCAAAUCUGAUCAACUGCGGCGUAUACUUAUUUGCCACGGAAUGCAUCUUCCCCUCCAUCAGGAGCGCGAUCAAGCGCCGCACUACCCGCCCCCGUUUGUUUUCUUACCCAUCCUCUGAGCACCUCGAGUCUACCUAUGGUGCUGAACAAGGCGACGAGGGCGAACAGAGCGAAGUUCUCCGUCUUGAGCAAGACAUCCUCCCCGACUUAGCAGAUAGCAACCGCUUCUUCGUCCAUGAGACCAAAGACUUUUGGCGUCAGAUCAAGACCGCUGGCUCUGCUGUCCCGGCCAAUGCCCUCUACCUCCAAAAAGCGUUCCAAUCGGGAUCCGAUGAGUUAGCAGCUCCUUCAGCAACCAUCGUCCCACCAGUUUACAUCCAUCCCACCGCUACCGUUGAUCCCACCGCCAAACUCGGCCCAAAUGUUUCCAUCGGUGCACGUGCCGUGGUUGGAGCAGGUGCGCGGAUCAAGGAAUCUAUCGUGCUCGAGGACGCCGAAAUCAAACACGAUGCUUGUGUUUUGUAUUCAAUCAUUGGAUGGAGCAGUCGUGUUGGAGCAUGGGCACGUGUCGAAGGCACCCCCAUUCCCGCUGGCAGCCAUUCCACCACCAUUAUCAAGAAUGGUGUCAAGGUGCAGAGUAUUACCAUUCUUGGCAAAGAAUGUGGUGUUGGCGAUGAAGUGCGGGUCCAGAACUGCGUCUGCCUCCCUUACAAGGAGUUGAAACGGGUAUGUGUCUAUCCUUUCUCCGACUGA